AUGUCCUCCUUCUCCGAGGCUGCUCUCGAGAAGAAAUUGUCCGAGCUUAGCAACUCUCAGCAGAGCGUCCAGACGCUGUCGCUAUGGCUCAUUCAUCACAGGAAACACUCCAAGAACAUUGUGCACGUUUGGUACAACGAGCUCGUGAAAGCUCCGGUAUCACGCAAACUGACCUUCCUGUACUUGGCCAAUGACGUCAUUCAGAACAGCAAGAGGAAAGGACCCGAGUUCACGGAGGAUUUCGCACCGGUCAUCGUCGAUUCAUUCAAACAUGUUUAUAGGGAGUGCGAAGACGGAUGUAAAAAGCAACUCGGCCGGGUGCUAUCCAUCUGGCAGGAGAGAGCGGUCUAUGAAAACGAGCUGCUGGAGCAGCUCUCCAGAGUCCUCUACGGCGAUAAGAAACCCACCAAGAGGCCCUACGAGUCCAUUCAAGUGGUGAACGAUAACUUUCCUGGCCAGACUUCUCCAUCGGAGCCCCCACAGACGUCGGAUCUGAUCCGAGCGCUACAGGAGCUUGAAAACGCCACGUCAGGAGACUCGCAGCUGCGUCAGCGUAUCUCCUUGCUACCCGCGGAGGUGCAGGAUAUGUCGCUGGUGCACAGGAUCACAGAUAAGGAGGCGGGUGCGCGCUUUUCACGCCAGGUGGACGACGCCUGCAUGCUGCUGGCCGACUACAGCGGUCGCCUGGCGGCAGAAAUUGACGAUCGGCGGCAGCUGACGCGCACGCUGACCAGCUUUCUCCAAAGCCAACGUGAUGGUCUUGUGCACAAUGAGCACAAACUUGAAGAAUACAAACGCAAACUGGCCCGAGUCAGCCAGGUCCGGAAAGAGCUGAGAUCCCGCUUGAAUAAUCUUCCGAGUGGACUUCGCAACUCCUCCACCUGA